AUGUCUAACUUGCCCAAGGUUCGUUGGGGUAUCAUUGCUACCGGCAUGAUAUCCUCAUGGUUCGUGCAGGAUCUGGUCCUCAACUGGGCCGAAGCCAAAGUAGAGCAUGUUGUACAAGCUAUUGGCACUUCAGACGUUGAAAAAGGCCAAGAUUUUGCGAGAAAAUACUGCCCGAACCAAAGCCCAACGGUCUAUACGUCCUACGAAGAAGUGUAUCGCAAUGCAGACGUGGAUAUUGUAUAUAUCGGAACCCCUCACGCCUUUCACUAUCGCAAUUGCAUGGAGGCGAUUUCUGCAGGGAAGAAUGUCUUGUGCGAGAAAUCCUUCACACUGAAUGCCAAACAAUCGAAGGAGAUAUUCAAUGCCGCUCGCGAAAAGAAUGUAUAUGUGGCAGAAGCAAUGUGGCUCCGACAUCGACCACUUUUCGUCGAACUGCAGCGAUUGCUCCACGAAGAGAAGAUCAUUGGGGAGGUCUUCCGGGUGUUCUCAGAUUUUGCGUCUGGUGUUGAUAUUGCUUCACUUCCACCCACAUCCCGAUACCGCAAUCUCGCAUUGGGGGCAGGGUCAUUGCUAGAUAUUGGGGUGUACUCGCUUACUUGGGUGAGAAUGGCGCUGGGUGGAGAUAAACCUGAUCAAGCAGAGAUGCCGCGGAUUAUGGCCGCGCAAACACAUGAAGAAGGCGUUGAAGUGACCACCAGUGCGAUUCUGCAAUAUCCCUCGGCUGGAAAGCAGGGUAUUGUUACUUCGACGACCAAAGCUCUCAGUGCUCCUGGUGAAGUCUUUGCUGUUAUACACGGGACCGAUGGGUAUGUUGAGGUAGAAGGUAGAACUCCAUCUGCGCCGGAAUCCUUUACUGUGUGGAAGAAGCAGGAAGGGAAUCCCGAUCGUGCGUGUUUCCCGAGGGAGAUGUGUCAAGGGAAGAAAUAUGAGUUUCCGACUCUGGGGCGUGGCUUCGUCCAUGAGGCUGAACAGACGGCACUUGAUAUCCUCGAAGGCCGGAAGGAGAGCAAGAUUAUGCCGUGGGCUGAGACAUUGUAUAUCAUGAAUAUCAUGGAUGAGAUCCGUCGGCAGGGUAACACAAUAUAUCCCGGAGAGAGAUGA